CACGUGUCCUCUUCAUUCCGUCCCUCUUUUUCCUCCUGUUGCCACCUCUCCCCUCCGCGUCGCAUCCCGUCCAAUGGCGGCGCCCGCGCUCCUAUCCGCACCGCCCCCUCCCCCACCAAUGGAAGAGGAUGGUCUCACCUCCCACGUCGCACCAACCCCCACCCCACCCCCGUCGAAGCGCGGUUUCUUGCGUGGGCGGCCGCCCAUCAGGGUGACAUCGGAGUUCGACAGCGAGCGCCAGCUCUUUUCCCACCGCAUCUCCUGCCGCGUCCUCAACGGCCUUGCCAAGCUCCGUCUCCGAGUUCACCACGGGGCCGCGGGAGGGGCCCCGACUCCCGAGGUGGCGCUCAUGGGGCGGAACUUCUCCGCCGUCGUCGACACCGCCUCCCGCGGCGCCGUGCUGCGAGGAACGGCCGACCUUGCCGGAUCGCUCCACCUUAGUGCGGCGCACAACACGAAGCUAGUGCUGAACCUCCUUGCUAGCCGGAUUCAUGGUCCAUGUACCACAGGCCUCUACGUCUGGUUCCGGUCCCAAUCUUCCUUCCACUUAGCCUCUCCUGAAUCAGGAAUACAUAUUUGUCAACGAUUACAUGACAAUCUAUUUGAUCAACCAAUGCGUUUAGAGAGAGUAAAUUCACAGGAAAUACCGGAGGGACAAGGAGAAGUGGCAGUAACUACUAAUUUGGGAGAUUCACCAUGCAAAAUUGAGUUAUCAUCGCUGGUUCCUCCUGAUGGAUUGCCAAGAGCAACCUUCUUGUUUCCUAACGGGGAAGUUUCAGUUAAGGAGAAGAAGUUGGAUGAGGGUGAGAAAAUUUUGUCAGUAAAUGGUAUAGUGAAGUCUCAUAUUCUGAAUGGAGUUUGCACUGCAUUGUACAAUGAUAAUAUGAUGAAUAUCAAGUAUCGCUAUAAGGAUGAUGAGCUAUCAUUUAUUCCCAGCCUCACUUUACCAUCAAAUUCACUAUCAUUUGCAUUUAAACGCCAGUUAACUCCUUCAGACAAGUUCAGUUACCGGUACCAUUUUGACACGAACUACUGGAGUGCUGUCUAUAAACAGAAGGCCAGUAAGCAUGUCAAAUGGAAAGCAGGUUAUGGGUCGGACGAAAGGCUUGGCUGGGCAUCUGUUUGGGUUGGCGACGCAGGCGGCAAGACAAAGGAGGCCCCCCUGAAGACAAAAGUCCAACUCAUGAUAAAAGUCCCUCAGAACAAUAUACGGAAUUCAACUGUAGUGUUCCGGGUGAAGAAAAGAUGGGAUUUUUAGUUGGGUGUGACUAUAUCUCAUCUAGAUGUGAGAUACUAUCUCACAUCUAAAUUGUGACAUAAACCACAAAUCAGCGCAUGUCCAGCACAUUAUGUCGUUCUCUUUUUUUUU